UCGGUUGGAUGAGAUAUUACAAUUACAGCUUCACCCCUUCUCCUCCCGUCGCGGCUUCACUCGCAGCAGCUAAGCACGACAGCUUCGUGCUUUGCAGCGAGCGCCUAGUGUGUGCCGCCGCGUGUCGGGCAUGCGAGUGCACUAGUCAAAGCUCGUGUUAAGUGCAGCUUCCUUAUAAUACAAGCAGCGUGUACGUAGCUCCGCUCACGCUUGGUGCGUGCUGCUUACUUGCGUUCCUUAGGGUGAAAAAGAAAAAAAAAGUGUGUCGGUGACAAUGGGGCCGAUCUCCUACCGAAUGUUGGUGCUUUUCUCUGUGCAUAUCUUUCAACUCUGCUGCGUCGAUGCCCGUGAACGUCCUGUGGUCAAAACUAAUUACGGAGUCGUCGAAGGCAUUCGAAUGAAUGCGGGUAGCGAAAAAGUGGACUCUUUCCUCGGCAUUCCGUACGCCACGCCACCAGUGGGUGAGCUGCGCUUCGAAAGGCCGCUACCAGCCAAGCCCUGGAAAGGCAAGUACAACGCAAGCAGGAAGCCCACACCAUGCAUGCAGAGUGACUUUCCAAUCUACCAGGACAUUGUGCUCGACUACACGCAUUCCAGCGAGGACUGUCUAUAUUACAACAUUUGGCGACCAACGCGUAGCUGUCCCAACGACACAGAAACGUGCAACGCCAAGCUUCCUGUCAUGGUGUUCAUACAUGGUGGCGGGUUCCAGUUCGGGGACUCCUCGCUAUUUGUUUAUGACCUCAGCAAUUUGGCUGUGAGCGCCAACAUCAUAACAGUGAGUUUUAACUACAGACUCAAUUUCUUCGGCUUCCUGACGACGGAAACGGCCGACCUGCCUGGAAAUAUGGGCAUGUGGGAUCAAGUGCUUUUUCUCAAAUGGAUCAACGAGAACAUCGCUCAUUUUGGUGGCGACCCUAGUGAGGUCACGGUGGCGGGUCACAGUGCGGGGGGCGUCUCCGCCGGACUACUGGCUGCGUCGCCGACGACCAAAGGGCUCAUCAAGCGAAUCAUUAUGCAGAGUGGAACGCCUCUUACACUUCUUGCUGGAUCAACUUACUAUAGUCCUGACAAGUUCUAUGACGUAUCACGCACUCUCGGCUGUCAUAACGGCGAGGCAAAGAAGAAGGACCUGGACCUUCCUAAGACGAUAAAGUGCCUGAAGAAGCUGAAUGCCCGCAAAAUAAUCCGGGCGCUGCUCCGUUUGAAUUUGGGACAGCGUAUCUUCUCGCCGCAGGAAGGCGAUGACUUCUUCCCGUACGACCCGCUAGCGAUCGACACGUGGAAGAAUAUCCACGUCAAGGAAGUGUUCACCGGCAGCAACCUGAACGAAGGCACGGGUUUCCUGCACUACGUUCUGAAGUACCACCAUGACCUCAAGGACAAUCUUAAGGUGGAUUAUCGGGCGACCAUUACGGCCAUGUUGUCGCUCUUCGCCGACGUGCCACUGGUUACGGGAAAGAAGAUGACAAAGGCCUACUUCGGUGGUUACGAGGUGAAGCACAACGACCAGGAAGUCAUACUGCUCCUCUCCGAAAUGAUGGGCGACAUCGUCUUCAAGUGCCCGACGCACCUCUUCGCUGAGCUCACGGCGCUUCAAGGACUACCUUCAUACAGGUACUUGUUUGCCUACCGGCCGACCUACAGCAUAUUCCCAAAAUAUUUCGGCGUGGUGCACUCGGAAGAACUGCCCUUUGCUUUGGGAAGUUUGAUCUUUUCUACCGAUCCAACAAGAGCCAGCAUCGCUACAGACAGCCUUCCCAGGGGCUUUCUGGGAAGGAGUUACACCACCAAUGAGACGGAAUUUAUGCGACAACUGAUGGGAAUGUGGGGAUCGUUCGUGUCUACAGGAAAACCAUCGAUACCCCUUAGAGACGACGAGUGGCCAAGCUAUACGAAGACAAGACAAGACAUCCUUGAGCUCAUGCCCUUCAACUACACCAUAAAGCUUGACAAGUCGCAGGACAAAUGCGAACUCUACAGGCCUUUCAUGAUCAGGAAAGGCGCUGGAAAGAAGCCUCCUCUCAGGAUUGCUUCUCCUGGAAAUGCCGCCUCGAGCGGCAAACCCAUCCCUCCAGCCGUGGCGAGUGGUGCGAACCGCAAGGCCAACAACGUUGCUACGCCACUGGCAGCAUGCUGCCUGAUGAUAGCCGUGCGUCACCUGUUUGCAACGAUGUUCUAAGUGGCAGGCGUGCAUACAUUGCGUGCUAGCAUGAAGAUGUAUGUACAAAAAGGCAACAAAAAGCAAUAACUGCUCUGCAGCAGGAAGUGCAGUGCGGUGAAGCGCGCGGACAAUGAACAUCUUGUGAAAUGUGCAUGGACGAUAUCCAUCUAUGUAAAAUUCCACAAAGACUUUUUUUUUCGUUAACGCACGAUGGCAGAGUUUUCGGAGAAAACUCAAUGCCAUCCUCCUGAAGAAAACAUGAGCUAUAUUUUUUAACGAUCAAUUUUAUUGUACAGUCGUUACAUCCAUCGUCAUUGGUUCGGACACCAUCGACGCUCCUCCAUAAGCUUUCCUUUAUUAUCGCGGGUAUUGGCCAUCCAGCAAGAGGGAUGGUAAUAAAAGAAGAAUGGAAAACUAAAUAAAACGUUACAUAGCAAUGCCCUAGUCUUCCCACGAAAGAAAAAAAAAGUCAUGUAGGAAGCAGACUACUGAAAGACGAGCACAAAAGAAAACGACAGCUGGCUUUGCCUGCACACAGGUAGUCCCGCACAGUGAAAAGCCAUAGCCAAUAAGUAAAUAUUCACAUCUGAAACAGAGCUAGGCGGGAACAAGCUAGAAACCUGCAGGUCAGGAUUCUAGCCAAGUGUGUGUUAUAAGACAUGUUCUGCUUACAGCGAGGAAGGUGUAACGAAAUUGCGCGUUAGUUUAAAGCGACUAUAACCAUGCCGUAUUUAGAAACAGUUUUUUAUUGACGUUUACUCAUUGUAGGAUGCCGUAAAUCCUACGCUAUCGGUGACUGAUGCAGUCAUUGUAGGCUUUGUUCUCAGCUUCGCCGUCUUCCCUCAGUGCUUACCUUAAACUUGGCCUGUUCCUAGCAUGCACAGGACAUCAGGCAGGUAUCAACGACCGUGCUAUAUUUUCGGUACCUCCGCGCUCCUUUGUUGCUAUACCCGGCGACUCCAACCCGCAG